AUGUUUUGUAAAGUAAAUUUUAGUAAAAAUAUUAUUAAAUAAAUAUUUUUAUUUUACAUUUUUUUUUUUAAAUAAUUGUUUUGCUUAUUUACUUACAUAAACGAUAACCUUAAUUUAAUUGUUAAUAAUUUAUUUAAAAUCUCUCGGAGUAUUUAUUGCGCCAAAUCAAUUUAUUUAGAAAAAUAUAAUUAAAAAGUAUUCAUAAAUAAAUAGGAAAGUACAAGUAGCAAAAGCAUACGCGUUAAUAAAACAGAAUUUAAAUAUAAACUAAAUAGUUGCAAUAUAUAAAUGAACUAACACAACGAAGAGUUCUUCACACUAAAUGAGCUGUAUCUGAAGUAGAAAAGAAGUAUCCAUAUUGUAGCAAUUAUUUUAGAUUGCACAGCAUAAUAUAAAACUGCAAACGACUAUUUGACAAGAAUAAAAAUUAUUGAUGAUACAUUUGUGAAAGUUGAUAAUAACGACACUAAGAAAGGAUACUUUGAAGUUUGCCAGUUCAGUUAAUUAAGGUGCAAAAGUCCCAAAGUUUAGAAAAUUGGGGACAUUAUUUAUUUAAGGAGAUACAAUGUUUCUGCUAACGAUGACGAUAGAUUGUAAAUCUAGACAAACCACUAAGCAAAAUGCAGCUUUCACAUAUUUGACUCAGAGUAAUAGCAUUACAAUGUAAUUGACUCUGACUAUGAUGGACAGCUAUAAAUUUCUGAGAUACUAUAGGAGAGGAUUAAAUAAUUAAGAAGUUAUUGCUUUUAAAUAUUUUCAACUAAGAGCUUAAUGCAAAUGAUUUGGUAUGGACUUGAACCUCAAAGAGAGAAUUAAAUCAAUAAAAAAGACUUUGACAUGCUUUUAAGGAUUUAGGAUAUUGAAUAAAUUUAAAAUUUUGAUGAAAGCCUUGACCCUAUUCCAAUGGUAAAGCUUACAUUAAUAGAUUCUGACAACAAUAAUUACUAUCUUACAUUCCAAGACAGAAACUAUACAAAAGGCUAGGUUGUCAAGAUAAGAUCUGUCCGCCAUAUAGAAAACGAAGGAGUUAUUGUCAAGAAUGAUUAUUCAAAUGUCUUAAAACUCUCCAAUUUCUUUUAUGACUUCAAAAAUUUCCAAUAAAUUAAAUAUGACAUGAUUGAAUACAUGAAAAAUAAUUUUGAUUUUGAUGAUUACAUAGAAGAUCCAAGCGAUGAAUACAGAAGAUUUUCCGUCUUAAAGAAGAUCCACUCUACAAACAAUACCAUAACAUCACUUUAGGAUUUAUUAAAGAUACAAACAAACCCUUCUCAAUAUAGCAUAAUCAAGACUUAAAAAUUUAAAACGCAAUGCUACAUCGUUGAUAUCUAACCUUAGACACUAGAAGAAGCUGUUAAAAAAGUUUCUUAUAUGAACCAUAAUAUUUGUGUGUCAUUAAAAGACUCCAGCAAUUAUAAUAAGCAUGCUGAGCUUAACAGGAUAUUAGAAGCUUAAAUUGUAGUGAAAGAUUAAUCUAUUGACUCUACUCUAAAUAUUCUAUAAUUAGUUUUAAUCUAAGAAGAAAGAGAAAAGCACCACGAUUUCUUUAAAGGAGUUGAACUGUAAAAAAUAACAUCAGAAAAUAUUUAAUAAUAUGAACAAAACUACUAAAAAAUUUGCUAGAGAUUAUGUAGUCAUUCAAAUACUCAUAGGACUGUAGACAUCGUUGUUUAGCCAAUUCUUUUUAAUGAUAGAAUUCUUUUUAGAAUCGUUGAUACUUAAUUUCUACCCUGA